AUGAAAGGCGUUGUAUAUAGACCAGACAUAGCGUAUUGCACACUCCAAGCCCCCACCCCCAGUCCUCCACCAUGGCUUCCCUCCGCGUCCCCUACAAAACCGUCGACGACAUCGACAUCCCCACAGACAUCUACCUGCCCGCCCCCAGCAGCACCCGCACCCGCCCCGCGCCCGUCCUCAUCAUGAUCCACGGCGGCGCCUUCAUGCUCGGCCACGCCGCCAUGAACAACCCGGACCAGAUCCGCGACUGCACGGCGCGCGGCUGGAUCGUGCUCGCCAUCGAGCACCGCCUGUGCCCCGGCGUGACGCUGCUCGACGGCCCGAUGGCAGACGUGCGCGACGCGCUGACGUGGGCGCAGAGCGGCGGGCUGGCGGCCGCGCUGCGGCAGCACGGGUCGGGUGUCGAGGCGGAUAGCACGCGCGUCAUGGUCAUGGGCACGAGUUCGGGCGGGCACCUGGCGCUGACGACGGCGUGGAAUGCGCCGACGCCGCCGCUCGCGAUCCUGGAUUUCUACGGCGCAAAGUGCUUCGCGGAUUACCACUGGACGACGCCGCUGACCGCGAUGCCGGCGUCUUUCCACGACCCCGUGGAUCCGGCCAUUACUGCCGCGGUGCGCGCCGAGAAAACCAUCUUCAUCGGGGGCGCCUCGCUGGAGGGCCACUCCAAACCCGCUGCUGGAUCGCCCACCCCUUCCUCAUCUCCCCCUCCCAACCCCCCACCCCCAGCCAACGCUGCAGCCCCCCCGCCCGGCCCCCCUAUGCCCCCGAACCCCUCUCCGCGACACAUCUACACCAUGCACGCCCUCGCCACCGCCACCCACCUCCCCCUCCUCCACCCCCCCUUCCCCUCCUCUCUGAACCUCAUCGACCCCCUCCUAAACAUCCACGCCGGCUGGCCACCCACCGCCAUCGUGCACGGCACCGCCGAUGCCAUGAUCCCUUUGCGGCUGAGCCAGGAGUUCGCGACUGCGCUGAGAGCGAAGGGGGGGAGAGUGGAAGUCUUUGAGGUCGAGGGGGCGGGGCAUACGUUUUGUGGGGGUAUGCAGAGGGGCGGCGAGGUGUGGGAGAGUCAGGCGAGGGGGUGGGAGUGGCUUGCUGAGCGGUUGGGGGAGAGCUAUGUGGAGGGGUGAGGCGGGGUGGGUGGUGUACAGAGUAGUGUACAGAGUAUACAGGGUGCUGUGUUGAUAGGACACGGGUGCGUUGGGAGUUGUAACGAUACAGGUAACAAGGGCCGCUAAUACGGUUCUGUUUCCACUACAAGGGGUAUAGGAGCAUGAGGAAGGUUGGAACUAGUGUAAAUCUUAUUCCUGUAGGUCUUGUGUAAAGAAUACUUGAGAAUUACUUAUUCUGGACCUGCUACAACCUACAAGUUUUGGUUAGCUAUAGAUAGAUGUAAAGUAAUAAGGGUAACGAUUAGGCCUCAGUACCAAGCCACUAAACCAGCAAGCCUAGAAGGUAUCACG